UGGUUGUUGACCACUUUUGUCAGUUAUUGUUUUUGUCACAAUUUACAUGCUGUUUAACAAUAAACAACCAACCCCAUUCAUUCAUUUCUCCAUUUUCAUUCUCUGUCUGUCUUUCCCUUCUGUUUCAUUCUCUCUCUCUGCUUAGUCUCUGAUAGCACAGGAACAAUGCCUGAUAAAAUCACAGCAGAAAACCUCCUUCACAACCUUGUCGACACAUUAUCGGACAAGCCAAAAAAGGUAUCCUUCUUUGAGGAAGACAAAUCAAAGUCAGUGAGCUCCGAGAUCAACAGACUGUUCGGACGCGAGAAACCUGUACACCAUCUUUUAGGAGGUGGAAAAUCUGCGGAUGUUUUGUUAUGGAGGAACAAGACGAUUUCUGCUAGUUUUUUAACUGGUGCAACAAUUGUAUGGGUGCUAUUUGAAUGGCUCAAUUAUAAUUUUAUUUCUCUUCUCUGCUUUGUCUUGGUGCUUGGCCUGCUUGCUCAAUUUCUAUGGUCAAAUGCUUCUGGUUUUCUUAACAGUACACCAUCUCAAGUACCUCGUUUUGUUGUCCCAGAAGAGUUAUUUGUGAACAUUGCAACUGUAAUCGGAAAUGAGGUUAACCGUGGGUUGAGGUUUCUUCAAGAUGUUUCUUGUGAAGGAAACUUGAAGACAUUUCUCAUCGUUGUCGUAAGUUUGUGGGCUGGUUCAGUGAUCGGGAGUUGGUGCAAUUUUUUGACUGUCAUCUAUAUUGGUAUUGUUGCUGCACAUACACUUCCAGUUCUCUAUGAAAGGUACGAGGAUGAAGUUGACAACUUUGUGCUCAAGGUCUUUGGUCAGAUACAAAAUAACUAUAGAAAGCUGGAUGCUGGUGUGCUCAAAGGAAAACUCAAAGUAAAGAAGCAUGAUUAGAUUUAUCCUUAUCUAAAUUAUUGGAUUGGAUUGGAUUCAGGGAAUAAGUAGGGGGAUGAAAAAUAUUGAUCUCUCCUAUGAAUGGUAUUUGACUGAAAGAAACUUGCCUGUGUAAAUGAUAUUUCAUGUAGACAAUUUGUGAAUCUUAUCUGUAGAGUUUGAUUCAAAUUCAUACAUCAUCUUCAUCGUUUUUGAGUUCAA